ACACAAAACUUCGUUCGGAAGAGGUAGCGUUUUUGCGGCUCCUCUAGUUUUGGCGUCCAAAAGUAGUAGUCAAACAGUGAAUAUAUUUUACUUGCAGUAAUUUUGCACAUUCAAUUUGCGUUGGAAAACCUCCCGAGCGGAGUGAGCUCAUUGUUUGUCGGGCAUGCAAAAGUGAAGCCAUUGCGCGAGUGCAGGUAUCUACCUCCUAGAAGUGUUAUUUGUGCAUCAUCGCCGCUGCCGCCGCCGAUCGUGAAGCAGUAAAAGAAAAACAUUGUUUCAAUCGUUAUACAUAUUCAUGUGCAUCGAAGAAGAGCUAGGCAAGAAAAAAUAUCAAGUUUUAUACAAUAUACCCAUUGGCGUCCGCAGUAUCGUCGUCUAGUGUUAACGUUUUGAGGUCAGUGAAAAUGUUCGCCGAUGCUGGCUGCUCCAGUUGCAGUAAGAGCUAAGCUUCGUGCAAAUCUUUGUCGUUGUUGUGGAAAGUGGUGGAAUUGACGACGAGAGAAGUUCGAGCAAAGACGAACAGCGCCACAACAACAGGAAGAAGCAGACCGAAAACAGCUUGCGGCAUCGCGGAUUAUGAGCUCAAGCCGAUUGCCGAAAUUUUUGAAACCGGAUGACGAUUCCUUCUCGUCAGAACGUGACGCAGCCCCGUCCGAUGAUCACGUAACCUCGUUCGUCUUCAACGCCCACCAUUCGCUAAGCCUUGCCGCCCAGCGAGAACGUCUUCCGAUCCGGCAGUACCGCGAUCAGAUACUCUACUGUCUCGAGAACUACCAAACGUUGGUACUGGUCGGUGAAACCGGUUCCGGCAAGAGCACACAGGUACCCCAGACUGUGGCCGUAGUCGCUUAGAACUUUCCACUGAACCUAGUAACCGAACUGUGAAAAGCAAAGUACCCCUGAGAAAAGUUACAAGUACCUAACCAACUAUCCCAGUACCAGUACCGUAAAGGCCUUCUUUCCGCAACGGAAGUGACAAAAAUUAGGUUGAAAGAAAUUUGAAUUUGAAGAGCGGUGCAUCCCGAGCAACCAUGGUGGGGCCCAGUUCGCAAAUCAGCAAAAUUUUGCUGACAUUGCUGUUCCUGAUGAUAAUAUUCUUCAUAUGGAUGGACGUGAAUCUGUACAUUCGCAUUCAAGACUAUCCCAUUCGGGACAACGAAAUUCGGCUGAUCAACGGAAGCACCGUGUUGAAACCUACGCUGCCAGUUACGUCGUCCUUUGCAACAUCGUCGGUUCCUUUCCGGCAGCCGCUUGUGGCCGCUCGUUAUGAAGAUGUGGCGUGGGUUUCAUGCGAUUUGAAUCCGUUGUGCGACGUAACGGUCAAGGCAAUGAUGUUGGAUCACACAAAUCACUAUCUGUUCGCCCCGAUGGCAACCAUUGCAGACAAUCUGGCGGGAUUCUCGAAAGGAGAUCUCAUCACGCCGAACAUGAUUUCGUUUUUCCAUGUUUUUGUAGCGAUCGCAUCCGGUAAGAUGAUUGCUUCGGACUCGCUUGGAUAUCGGAGGAUAGGAGUUGUUCUGUUUCAGUUCCGAACGUUCCUGGACGAUUUGGAUGGACAUGUUGCUCGCGCUAAAAAGAACAUUCGCGGAGAACGUUCAGACAUUGGUUCAGCAGGGUAUUAUAUCGAUGGAAUCUGUGAUGGACUAGGAUGCAUUGCUCUCAUGAUUGGUGUUUUCAUUUUCCUGAAAAAUAAUCCUCCCCGACGGGGCUACACUCAGUUGCAGUCCAUUAUCCCAGUGUCCGAAUCGAAGAGUUCCGAAUCCGGUGUCAUCUACAAGGUGAAGGUAACAACGAAAAAAGUUGCUCGGAAGGUUCUCUGUUACAGUGGCAUUCUACUGCUAAGUUCCACUGGAUGGAACCGUUACAUUGCCAUUUAUCAGGACAUGCUGGAGCGAGAGGACGUUACUCCGACUCAGUUCCUCCACCAGGAGUCUGUGUUCCGAUCGACGGGAUUCUUCUUCAUCUGUUGGCUGUGGCGAAUCUUCAAUGUCCACGCGCUGCUUCACUUCCUGCUGUUGAGCAUUUUCUGUGAUAAACUAUGGGAGUACCUGCGUAUGAUCCAGUACGCCGGCUUUGUUACGCUGCUGGUCAUUAUCAGUGUAGCAGAGAUGCAUCUGCUUGGGGUGCAAAAUUUUAUCUAUAAAUCACUGACUGGUAACAAUACAUCGUUGUGAUUAAAUUAAGAUUUAGACAUACACAUUGAACGGAAAACUGAGAAAAACAAACAUUCAGAGCGUCCUGAAGAAAAACUCCCCAACGUCCCACUUAUUAUCAUAUACUAUUCGUUAGCUACUUUUUACACAGGCAGAAACUAAACUAUUGUAUGAUUAGUGAACAGAAGCGAUCGUUGCAAAGCCUUAGAAGAUUGUUAGGAGCACGAGUGCGAAUGUAUCGGAAUGCAAAACGAAACACAAGUAGUAAAGCAAAGGUAGAGGAGAAAUUUAAUUUGUCCUUUUGCAGCACGUGUCGCCUUCAUUACUCCCAUUAUACUAUAUACCGUACACAAUUCACACGAGUUUAUUAUACGUUUGAUCGUUAAUUUGUUUUUAUUGACAGAUUAUGACCAUUCAUACCAAGAGAGUCGUAAAAUUAUAUAGGUAUAUUUAAACGAGGAGAAUCAAAGAAAUCAAAUAAAUAGUAAAGCAAAGAAAUACAAACAAUAAAGAGAUGAAACUAUGUUUAGUGUUGAACGAAAUCACAAAUCUUUUUUUUUCUAUUGGUAGUUUUAAAGACAGAGAAAGAUGUGAAAUAGCACUAUAUUUAGCUUGUAGUUUAUACUAUUACAUGGAAUACGGAAGGAACCGGAACAAUAUCAAGGCGAAGGAGGGCAAAGCCAGUGAUUCCCAUUCGCUAGCGAUUUUAAUAACUGCACCCAGUUACGUAGUUUGAGGUGACAAUUAAAAACGAGGGAACUUGAACAGGUUAUAUGUAUGAGAAUUAUUAGAACGUUAGGAUCGCAUUUUCGAUUGCAACGGCGCAAGUGUAUGGGUGGAGGGAAGGCGUGUUAAUUUAUUGCCCAUAUGGAAAGCUUUCUAAUUCGAGCGAUUAAAAAAGGAAGAGAUAAGUGAGAUACAAAAAUAUAUGUGUAUAUGUGAAGUUUGAA